CCUAGAUGCCGAAGAGGCGGGUACACGGACGGAUACAGUCAGAAUCCAGCCAGUCCUUCCAGAAGCGGAGGACGUGUUUCGCCAGUUUUGCGUAGUUAAAAGUAACCGUGACGUCGCGCCCUACGAAUUUUCGUCGGCCGUAGCAGGGGAAACAACGAGUACGUCGCUCAACUGGAGGAAGGAUCCUAGUGGCUCUCCUCGUGAACGAAAUCAGAGAGAAAGAAUUGAACUUCCUCCUGAUCAUCAUCCAAGAUGGACGGACCAAUGUUCAAGAAGCAGUGCAUUCAAGACGUCGAGAUGAAGAUGGCGAAAAUGCAAGAGAAGCCAACUUUAAUGGACGGUGGCCAGUACAUCAUGGAAGGCGACGAAGAAGCGAAGAGCACCACAAUCAUCUUCUCCAUGAAGGAGGAGGUGGGCGCCCUGGCUAACGCCCUCAGGAUAUUCCAGUCCCAGAACGUGAAUCUCCUCCACAUCGAGUCGCGCCUCUCGCGAAGAGAGGCCAAGUACGAGUUCAUGGUCGAGUGCGACUCCACCACUGGAAAUUUGGGAGCGGCCAUGGAGCAAGUCAGGGCCAACUGCUCCUACUUCCAGGUUAUUUCCAGAAACCACCACAACAACAAAGAUACGGUGCCGUGGUUCCCUCGCAAAAUCAGCGACCUGGACCGAUUCGCCAAUCAGAUUUUGUCUUACGGACACGAGCUGGAGGCCGAUCACCCAGGCUUCAAAGACCCCGUGUACAGAGCCCGCAGGAAAUACUUCGCUGACAUCGCCUACAACUACAGACACGGUCAACCAAUCCCUCGAGUCGAGUACACCGAAGAGGAGAGAGCCACUUGGGGCGCCGUCUUCCGCAAUCUGACCAAACUCUACAAGACGCACGCCUGUCGAGAACACAUCAACGUCUUCCCCCUCCUGGUGGAGAACUGCGGCUACAGAGAGGACAACAUCCCCCAACUUCAGGACGUUUCCGACUUCCUCAAAGACUGCACCGGCUUCACCCUACGUCCAGUGGCUGGUCUCCUCUCGUCCAGGGACUUCCUGGCAGGCCUCGCCUUCAGGGUCUUCCACUCGACGCAGUACAUCCGCCACCCGAGCAAGCCCCUCUACACCCCCGAGCCCGACAUCUGCCACGAGCUUCUAGGUCACGCGCCCCUCUUCGCUGACCCCGCCUUCGCCCAGUUCUCGCAGGAGAUCGGGUUGGCGUCGCUCGGGGCUCCCGACGACUUCAUCUCGAAAUUGGCAACGUGCUACUGGUUCACAGUCGAGUUCGGCCUGUGUCGCCAGCAGGGUGAAAUCAAGGCUUACGGGGCGGGACUCCUGUCCUCCUACGGAGAGCUGGAGUACUGCCUGUCGGACAAGCCUGAGGUGCGCCCCUUCGAUCCCAAAAAGACCGCCGAACAGAAAUACCCCAUCACGGAAUUCCAGCCUGUGUACUACGUAGCCGAGAGCUUCGAGGACGCCAAGCAAAAACUGAUACAAUUUGCCGGCACGAUACCGAGACCCUUCUCGGUGCGCUACAACCCGUACACGCAGUCAGUCGAGAUUCUGAACUCGAAGCCCCAGAUCCAGUCGCUGGUUCGAGAAAUCAACUGUGAUAUGCAGAUCCUCACGGACGCCCUCAUCAAACUCAGCUAGAACUCGGGAAGAAGUCGAGUCUGUCUUCGUAACUUCUUUAUCCUCAUGACAUUUAUAUUCUUUGGGCGGGAGGGGAUAUUCUUAAGUUGAAACUGUGAGCAGUGGUUUAGUGCAGUACACGCUGGUUUUGUGCGCUGCAAAAUGCGGUUUUGUAAAAAAAAAAAAAUGCAUUUUGCGCAUAAAAAUAAUUCAAUACUGCUUUAUGAACAUUGCACUCAGUUCGGUUGUGAUAUAUAGAAUUUAUGGUGUCCUCUUGAAACGGACUUAAUUUAGAUCAAACCCACUCUAUGUUCAAUUUUAAAUGUACUAUUGUGCUCUCAACACUGCCACGCACAAUAGCUUCACACAUUUUCAACACUUGACCACUAGUAAUGCCGUCCCAUUUAUAAUAAAUGAGUAUCACGCUCAGCAUACAUAGUCCUCCGGGUAAGCUCUCUCUAUAUCUAAAAAUACUUUAACAUAUGUUCACAUAUAUAUAUAUAUAUAUAUAUAUAUAUAUAUAUAUAUAUAUAUAUAUAUAUAUAUAUAUAUAUAUAGUAAUUAUAAAAGCAAACUACUAUUCAUAUAACCAUUUAAGGUAAGGGAAACAGGGACCAGAGAAAACAGGUCGAGAUGUCUUCCUAGGGUACUCCUCAUGCAAAUAUAUACAGGAGAUACUGUUGUUUUUGGCAACCGAAAGGAUACUAUAUCAAUCAACAAAGGUUUUACCUAGUUACAACACUCACACUAAUCAAUAAAAGUUCCCAAAAAGAUAUCUUCCUUUCGGCUAUGACGAAGAAACCCCUUGUUACUUUAUAAUCGAAGUUUCAAUGAUAUUCCCAAAGGUGCCAAACGAUAUGUUUUGAGAAAACUAUUUCUUAUUAAUCAAAGCAUAUUAAUCUUAUCCGUAAGACAUUUCAUGACGUGAAGAAAGCCAUAUCAUUAAAGUAUUCUCUCUAGUGUUAAGUAGUCAGGUUGAAUGUAAAUAGCAUCAUCAAUGUGUUGUAUCUAGUGUGACAAUACUGAAUGGCUAAUAUUGUGCAAUAAGCUAUGUAUUCCUUACUAAAAUAAAUAUCUACUAUUAUAA